AUGGAACUGAAUUUACAAGUAAUAUUGUUUUGGGUCGUGGUGCUGCACUGUGGCUGUGCUGAAGGCAGUAUCCUGUACCGGGUCCAGGAGGAGCAACCUCCAAAUACUCUUAUAGGUAGCCUGGCAGCAGACCAGGGACUGCCAGACUCAGGUCACCUUUACAAGCUAGAGGUGGGUGCCCCUUAUCUUCGUGUCGAUGGAAAGACAGGGGACAUUUUCACCACAGAGAUUCCUAUUGACAGAGAAACCCUUAGGGACUGUCGCGCCCUGGCUAAGGGUAAACCCUGCUACCUGGAAUUUGAAGUAUCAGUGACAGAUCUGAUACAAAACCAGAGCCCACGGCUUAUUGAAGGACGCAUUGAAGUACAGGACAUCAAUGACAACACCCCACAAUUUCCCUCUUCUGUGCUCACCAUCUCAGUCCCUGAGAACACGAUCAUGGGAGCAUUAUUCUCCAUACCUCUAGCAACAGACAGAGACUCUGACAGGAAUGGGGUAGCUGACUAUGCGCUGACUGCAGGGCCAGAUGCUGCAACCCUAUUUGGUUUACAAGUGGCUGAUGACAGGGGAGGGAAGCUCCCACAGCUCAUUGUCCUGGGCAACCUAGAUCGUGAGUUAAAGGAUUCGUAUGACCUCACCAUAAAGGCAGUGGAUGGAGGUAACCCUCAACGCUACAGUAGUGCUUUGCUCAGAGUGGUGGUGACUGACGCCAAUGAUAAUGCCCCCAAGUUUGAAAAGUCCACAUAUGAGGCAGAAGUUUCGGAAAAUAGUCCUGUCGGACACUCUGUGUUGCAGGUUAAAGCAAAUGACUCUGACAUGGGCCCCAAUGGAGAAAUUGAGUACACCCUUCACCAGGCAAUAGACCCAGUGCCGAAACUCUUACGAAUUGAUCGGUCCACUGGCAUUAUCUAUGUCAAAGGAUCACUGGACAGGGAGGAAAUCAGCAGCUUGUCCUUCUAUGUGGUGGCAAGGGAUAAAGGCCCUCAACCUAAAAGCUCUAAGACAUUUGUGACCAUUGAGGUGACUGAUCAAAAUGACAACGCUCCAGCUGUGGAGAUUCGUGGGAUUGGUCUUGUGACUCACAGUGAAGGAGUGGCUAAUAUUUCCGAAGACAUGCCAGUGGGAACAGCUGUUGCUUUAGUUCAAGUAUCUGACAAAGAUGAGGGAGAGAAUGCUGUGGUCACUUGUGUGGUAGCAGGAGACGUACCAUUCCAGCUUCGCCCUGCCAGUGACUCGACCAGCGACAACAAGAGGAAAUAUUUCCUACAGACCACCACUCCUCUUGACUAUGAAAGGGUUAGGGAUUACCGAGUAGAGAUCGUGGCUGUAGAUUCUGGAAACCCAGCCCUCUCUAGUACAAACUCUUUAAAGGUGCAGGUGACUGAUGUGAAUGAUAACUCUCCAAUAUUUUCCCCUACCCUGUUUGAGGUUGAUUUUGCUGAAGAAAACCAACCAGGAGAAAAAAUUUUGGAUGUUAUAGCUACAGAUGCUGACAGUGGCACUAAUGCUGAACUUCUAUAUAAUAUUUUGCCAGACUCAUCCAUCAAAGGCUUGUUUGAGAUUGAUCCAAAUACAGGCGAAGUAAGAGCCAAAAGCUCUCUUGAUCGUGAGCACAAAGAACAGUACGAGUUUCGGGUCACUGCAGCAGAUAAAGGGUCUCCUGUCCAUAAAGGAACAGCAACUGUUGUAAUUAAAGUCAUAGACCGCAAUGACAAUGACCCCAAGUUCAUGCUUAGUGGCUACAGUUUUUCAGUUUUGGAAAACAUGCCACCCCUCAGUCCAGUUGGUAUGGUGACAGUCCUAGAUAUGGACAAAGGUGAGAAUGCUCGUGUUCACCUCUCUGUUGAACCUGAUGAAGGGAAGUUUGUUGUUCAAAAUGGAACAGGUACCAUUCUUUCAAGCAUCUCUUUUGACAGGGAAAAAGAAAGCAGCUAUAAUUUCCGUCUAAAAGCGGUGGAUGGAGGAGACCCACCCAGGUCUUCAUAUGUGGGUGUUACUAUCAAUGUACUAGAUGAAAAUGACAAUGAUCCUGUGAUAACUAAGCCCUCCAACUCCUCCUUCAGGCGCUUAUCACCUCUAGCUUCCCCAGAUAGCCAUGUUGAAGUAGUGGAAGCUGAGGACCUGGACAAUGGGCUUAAUGCAGAGCUGGUCUUCAGUAUUGCUGGUGGAAACCCUUAUCAGUUAUUCCGCAUCUCCCCCUCAAGUGGAGAGAUCACUCUGGCAAAGGAGAUGACACGCAAACAUGGUGGAUUGCAUCGCUUAGUGGUGCGAGUGAGUGACAAGGGGAAGCCUGCCCGCCAUGCCACUGCCCUGGUCCACAUCUAUGUCAAUGAAACCAUUUCAAAUGUCAGCUUAGUAGAAGCCUUAGUUGGACAUAGUCUUUACACUCCGCUGGACAGGGACAUUGCUGGUGAUCCUGACAAUGGUUUUGCUGCACAGCGUAGUAAUAUUUUGUUUGGAAGCCUUGCUGGUGUAGCAGGUGUUGUAAUGUUGAUCUUGGUGGUGGUAUUUAUUCGACAUCGCAUCCAAAGAGAGACCAAGAGCGGAUAUCAAGCUGGCAAAAAGGAAACCAAGGACUUGUAUGCACCCAAGCAGGCACCAAAAAACACCAAAGGCAAACGAGGACGGAAAGGUAAACCCCAAAAGUCUCCAAAACCACUUGGGGAAGAAGAAGAGGUCAGUCUUCAAAAAAGUCUCAAGUUCAACCUUGAUGGAGUCAGUGAUAGCCCCAGGAUACACCUGCCUUUAACAUAUUCGCCAGGAAGCCCUGAUAUAGGCAGACACUACCGUUCAAACUCCCCUUUACCCUCCAUCCAGCUGCAAGCCCAGUCACCUUCUGCCUCACAGAAGCAUCAGGCCGUCCAGGACCUUCCUGCCACCAACACCUUUGUAGGAACAGGCGGAGAUGACAAUUCUACUGGCUCAGACCAGUACUCAGAUUACAGCUACAAGACCAGCCAGCCGAAGUAUAACAACAAACAGCAUCCCCAUCGGCGAGUGACCUUUUCCACCACCAACCCUGUGCAGGACCUGCAGGAUGCCUCUCAGCACAGCUACUAUGACAGCGGCCUGGAGGAAUCUGAGACUCCGAGCAGCAAGUCAUCGUCUGGUCCUCGCAUCGGACCCCUGACCCUGCCUGAGGACCACUAUGAGAGAACUACUCCAGAUGGCAGUAUUGGAGAGACUGAACACCCAGAAAAUGAUAUCCGCUCCCUCCCUGAUGUGGCAAUGACUGGAAACUGCACAACCGAGUGCAGCGAACUGGGCCACUCAGACGCCUGCUGGAUGCCUGGGCAUCCCUCCCCUGUACGCAAGACCAGGAACCCCCCGAAACUCUCCACCUUCGUGCCUUACCAGGAGAGAGGGAGCCUGGGACGCCUGGCUAAUGGGAACGCCAGGCUGGGUGGUGAGGAGCAUCGGCCGCGCCUUCCACCCUCCCGCAGUGCCUAUUCCAACAGUGGUCAUGACGCCAAUCAGGACUGCCCCUUAGAGGAGAUGCCCCUGAGUGUAGCCUCUGAGUUUCCACCCACCUCUCCUUCUGCUCACACUCCAAAAAGAGAAAUUUACCUGUGAGGAACAUAUUCAUCUGAUCAAUACGCAAUUAAGGAAAAUACACCCCCCUACCCUUGAGAAGGAGAAACAGGCUGUUCAAAGCCAAUGCCCAAUUUGAAAUUAACAAUAGGCUGUGACUCAUUCAAUCACUGGCAUGAACACUAGUUUUUGUCAUUUUCUCCUUAAAUUAUUAAUUUAUUGGCAUAUUUAUGAGUGAUUCCACAAAGUUAAUCGAUUCACUCACUCAUUUAUUUAUUGGAAAUCUUGAUGGGAUACAAUUCAGACAGAUGAAUAGGAAAUGCAGAUUGAAACUAAUCAUUAUUGUAGUUAGCCAAGUUCCAUUCUGUGAAGUGGUCUCUUGAAUUUGAAAGUCGUGAUCAGUGCUCUUGUGCCAUUACUACAUAUAAUUUAAUAGACAUUCAAUCAGGCCAUAUCAGAAGGCAUAACACUUUUGACUAACAAUCAAAUGAAAUGGUCUAUCUUAAUGUACAGUGCUGUAAAUACAUUUGAACGGUGUGUACUAGAUAUAUUUUUGUCUGGCAUAAGCUGAAAAAAAUGCCUCAGAAUUUUAGCAUAUUUAAGCUUUUCUUUAUGCUGCUGUUUAAACUUGAUUAAAAACCAUCUCCCGGAGUGGAGCUCAAUAUUGUGGAAGGCAUUUAUCCGCUUCACACAAUCACACACACACCCCCUUCGACCCCUAAUCAUAGUAGAAUGGCCUUUACCUCUGCUCCCUGUAGAGCUCUUCCACUUGGUGGAGAGAGCUGUGUGGCAGCAUUUAAACUGACAUUAUGUCCCACUGACUCGCAGCACUGUGACCUAUCGUUCAUCAUGAAAACGGUUGACUUGGCCACAGUACCCCAGAGUCACAAUGACCAAACGCAGAGCACUCACGAGACACAUUCUGAUUGGCUUUUUACUCGGCUGAUGACAAAAUACAAGUGGAUCAGUUGAGAAAGCUCUUCUCUGUUGUGACAAUCCAAUGAGCUCUCCGUGUAACUCGCAGUUCACUUUUCUAAAACUCGGAGUCCUUUCCCCUCACAGUGUUUACGGACUUGUGUUGAUCUAAUGAAUGCCUAAGGAAUUAUUUACAGGAAAGGGCGCUUGAGUGUCGAGAGACACUAGAGAGACAGAGUGCUUAUUGAACGUGAAUAUGAUGUAAACUGAAAUAGGUGCUCUAUAAG